AUGGGUUCAGACCAAAACGAUGGCACUAGCUUCUCUCCUUCAGAGCCAAAGCUCUGCGUCAAAGGCUGUGGCUUCUUUGGAACUCCAUCGAACAUGAACUAUUGCUCUAAAUGCUAUCGAGACAUUAGAGCCACGGAGGAACAAGCCGAGGCGGCUAAAGCCGCCGUUGAGAAAUCGCUAAACCCUAAUAAACCCCAAAUCCAACCGCAACAGAGCCGUGUAAUCGCUCCUAAUGUCGAAUCUGGAUCGUCUUCAUCACCGAGCGGCGGCAAUUCGGGGGUAGAUCCGCCGAAAUCGACGGGGAGUACGAGAUGCUUGAGCUGUAAUAAGAAAGUUGGUGUGACGGGUUUCAGAUGCAAGUGUGGGAGUACUUUUUGUGGAGCUCAUAGGUAUCCGGAGAGUCACGACUGUGAAUUCGAUUUCAAAGCAGCGGCGAGAGACGCCAUUGCUAAGGCGAAUCCGGUGGUGAAGGCGGAUAAGGUUGAGAGGAUAUGA